CUCUUCAUGUUUCCUUCUCCUCUCACCUGCUGACCUGCUCUCACGUUAACCAAUGAACACUUUUCACAAGUUCUCAGGACCUGAUCAGCACAUGACGUUUAUUUAGUGUUUGAUUCGCUACAGAGUUUAUGAGGCUGCAUUUAAGCAUCCUGAAAAAUAGAUAGAUAAUGAGUGAAUUUUCAUUUAUCAGUGAGCUCUUCCUUUAAACUGGCUGAAUCUGCUUUGUGGGCGGAAGGGCGGUGACUGAACUUGAAGAGUUGCUCAACUGGAGUCAUAUAUGUGCAUUGAAGAGGAUCUGGGAACAUUAUCUUUUCUUCGACAUGGAUGAUUUUGUUCGUAACAAACUAAGUGAGUGGGGUCUCAGCGAUUUGAAAGAGACUUUUAAAGAUCAAGGAAUCAAUCAGGACCACUUUUACGAUCUUGAGGAUGAAGAGAUCAAAGAAUUGAUCCCAAAAGUUGGACCAAGGAAAACAUUCAAGCGACAUUUCAAGUUGCUAAAGGUUUUGCCGUCCACCAGUGAAGCAAAUGAUACAAGUAACAUGGGUAUGGAUCCUAGAGAGGAGUCCAGCCAAUGCCAGUCACCAAGAGUUAAACGUAAACGGCCCAACUCUGCAGCAGAGGAAUCCAUAGUGCUGGAAGUGAAAAAAAUAAUGGAAGUCGUCAAGAUGAAACUUCAAAAGGAAGAGAAGACAAAGCUCAAUGAUUUCCUAAAGAAUAAAAUCUCUGAUUUGGUGACAAGAAAAAGGAUGCUGGUCGGUGUCUUUGGAAGAACUGGGGCAGGAAAGAGCUCUUUGAUAAAUGCCAUCGUUGGAGAGAAGAAUCUUCUGCCCUCUGGAAGCGUCUGUGCAUGCACCUCAGUCAUAUUCAAAGUGGAGGCAAACAACGACAGCAAAAAGUAUGAGGCAGAAAUUGAGUUCAUUAAAAAAGAGGACUGGAAAGAGGAGUUGUGGUUUUACAAGAAUCUUCUGGAUGAUGAUGCUGAUGAUGAUGCUCAUAAAAAGAUGACAGCCCUGUACAGAGAAGAUUGGAAAUCAAAAUCUGUUGAAGAACUCAUGGACAAGAAAUAUUUCAGAGGAAUUCCUGAAUUCCUCACUGGGAACAAGAAAACAUUGAAAUGUGAAUCUUCUGAAGAGCUACAUGACAAAAUUGUCAAAUAUGUAAGUGCCUCACAGGAGGAAGGCAAUGGAGUGAGACAGUACUGGCCCUUAGUGGAAUGCGUGACUGUCAGGUUGCCUAACAAGGAUCUUCUCCAGCAUGUCACACUUGUGGACAUUCCAGGAAAUGGAGACCGUAACAAGGGCAGAGACAACAUGUGGAAAAAGAUGGUUGGAAGUUGUUCUACUGUGUGGAUUUUGGCUGAGAUUAAUCGAGCAGCAUCAGAGAAAGAAGCUUGGGAGAUCCUACAAAAUGCCAAUAGCCUGAUGGGAAAUGGUGGCGAGUGUCAGCGCAUUCACUUCAUCUGCACCAAGUCUGAUGAUGUUGGUGUGCAGUCAGUAGCUGAUGUUCGUGAUCUUGUGCUCAAAAGAAACCAAGAAGCCAAGCGCAAAGUGAGCGCAGAAUUCCAAAAAGAAUACCCACAAUACAGCAAACAAUUCUCAUUUGAAGUGUUCACUGUGAGCGGCAAGGAGUUUCAUAAUAGCGUACAUCUACAGCCAGAUGACACUGAAAUUCCCAAACUUCAGGAUGUUCUGCAAAGUCUGAAUAACAAUCACACAGAGGCAUUAAACUAUGUGUCCGGAGCUUGUGGGAUUCUCUCUCUGAUUCAAGGGACAAGAUGCAGGGGCGUGGCUGACAGUAAAAUUAGGGCUUGCAGAGACCUUCAAGAAAAGAUGCAGCAUCAACUCGAAGUCCUCCAAAAAGCAAUCGAUGAGAUUUACAGGACUUUUGAACGAUGCCUCACUGAGGGGGUUAAAGAAUCACAAGAUUCAUGCGAAGGACAGAUGCACUCCAUGUUACAUCCUCGAGGAGAAAAAGGUGGUGCUUUCUACAAGAGAUUGCAGUUUGCUGUAAUGAACAAUGGCGUCUUCAAAGCAAAGAAUGGAAGGAAAAAGAACAUCAACAUGACUUUAAGUUCAGAACUGACUGGCAGCAUUGAUGAGGAAUUCAGGAUGACCUUCCCAAAUGAAGAUAAAAGUGGACCAUUCAAGGGCGCCAUUGAUUCGUUUUCACUGGACACAGAGGGGAUGAUUAACACCUACAAAGAUGUUCAUCUGCAACUGCGUUUUCUCAAGACAGAGGAGGACAAACUCAAGACAAAACUCAAAAAAAUCAUCCGGGAGGAUAAGAAAACAAUCUACAGCAGUCUGACAGAGACAAUCGAGGAAAACAUGCAGAAAUGCUACACAGACGCAGCAGUGAUUAAAGGAGUCGGCUCCCUGGAAAAAAUGCGGAGCACCAUUAAUGACCAUGUGCAUGAUAAAAAGGACACCAUGUUUAAGAUGGCGAAAGACAACAUGCUGGAGCUACUAAAUGAGUUGAGGGGGAAAAUCUUGAAAAAGCUAAAGGAAACCCUGAAGGAAUCAAUCCAGCUGUCACUCGGGACGGAUGACUGCUCAUUCCCAGAUGUUUCAGGAGAGCUUGCCAUGGUGGAGACAUUCUACAGUCAACUGGACGCCAACCAAAAUCCAAACUGAGCUUUCAAACAAAUGUUCCUUACUGUCAAUGACAAACAACGACAACACAUUACAAGAAUAACACAACAAACAUACACAUUACACAACUAUAAUACACAUUUUCGUCAAGAUAUUAUCCUUGUUCUCUUUGGGUGUACUUUGACUUUGUUUUUUGUAUGUUACAUGCAGAGAUUUUAAUGUUUGUUUUUGGCAGUGCGUGUUUUCAUCAUGAACUGAUCAUAGUCCAAAGUAGGGUGGCUGACAUGCUUUAUAUGACCUAUGUCUACAUACAUGUACAACCUGUCCAAAUACUUUAUGACUUGGACUGUUUUAAUGGUCUGAACUGUGCAUGACCUGAAAACUGUCAGACCCUUCUUUAUUGUUUGUUUAUUCUCCAAAUAGCUGAAUGUAUGGUUGCUUAUCUUCAAAGAAAACAUACGUUAUUCAGAUUCCUAUGUUAAAAUUCCUCGCCUCUCCGGUGCCUACUCGGCAGACAGCUUUUAGUCCUCCUAUAUAAGAUCCUUGCAGUUGACUGCUCUGCAUCUUCACUCCGAGAUCCUUGGACUCUCUGUGUUGAUCCUUUCUGCAGAAAGCCCCUUAUUGAAAACACGUAGAUAACUUUGGUGUUUCCAGCCUCUUGUAUUUCCAGAUUUCCAUCACAUACGCUUUCAUGUUUUUCUGUCAAUGAUUUUAUUUAGUUUCUUGUGUAUUGUUUGAUUGGCUCAUGAGUGCUCCUAAUUUUAAGGGUGUUUAACGUGAAUCUUAGAUCUUGAAUACCAGUUUUAAUUAGGCUGGAUUAGACAUAAACUCUUAUGUCAUUAAUCUUUUCGAGUAAUGAUCUCAGAUGACUUUGUUUUAUUCUACUUUUUAUCUUUUUUUGAUCUUACUAAAUAUAUUGGAUAUAUGAUAAUGGGUGUAUUCUGGAAAGCAGAAAAGGAAGUGUGAAAAAUUUCACCUGCAGUGAGCGAGAAUUCACUUAUUUCAGCUCAGGCUUUGUUCUUGUGUUACUGGUUGGACACCAAAAAUCUGUUGUAUCUCUGUGAUACAUGAAAUGUGGGUUAAAAACAAACUAUACUCUCUUACAUGUACCAUCAUACUCUCUCACACACGCUACUUUACUCUUACAUGUACUGUCAUACUCUCUUUUUUUACUGUCAUACCACAUACACCAAUCUCUCCUGCACAGAUAUUUUAUAUUUGAUACAGAAUAAUAACACAUGCAGGAUAAAUUAAUUGUACAUGUGAAGGUAAGGUUACAAGGGGCCUAAUAUUGUGAUUCUGCUCAGUUUAAUAGCUCAAUUAAAAUAAAAAUGCUACAAACAAUCAGAAUAAAUAUAAUAAAAAAUUGCAAAAUGUAAA